GGGGAGGGGGCGUGGCCAGCGCGGGGCCGGUGCGCGGGGUCCCGCCCCCGGCGGCGGCGCGGGACCAUGGCGGCGGCGCGGGCGGGCGGCAGCGCGGCGCGGCGGCUGCGGGCGGGAGGCGCGGCGCGGGGCUACGCGGGGACGGCCGAGGGCAGCUGGCUGCGCUCGCUCUUCGUGCACAAGGUGGAUCCCCGCAAGGACGCUCACUCCAACCUCCUGGCCAAGAAGGAGACCAGCAACCUCUACAAGAUCCAGUUUCACAACGUGAAGCCCGAGUGCCUGGACGCCUACAACAGCCUGACGGAGGAGGCGCUGCCCAAGCUGCACGCGGACGCCGAGUACCCCUGCGCGCUGGUGGGCAGCUGGAACACGUGGUACGGCGAGCAGGACCAGGCAGUGCACCUCUGGCGCUUCUCCGGCGGCUACCCGGCGCUCACCGAGUGCAUGCGCAAGCUGAAGCAGAACCAGGAGUACGUGGCCUUCCAGCGCGAGCGCAGCCGCCUGCUCCUGGCCCGCCGCAACCAGCUGCUGCUCGAGUUCAGCUUCUGGAACGAGCCCCUGCCCCGGCGCGGGCCCCACGUCUACGAGCUGAGGACCUACAAGCUCAAGCCGGGGACCAUGAUCGAGUGGGGCAAUAACUGGGCUCGGGCCAUCAAGUACCGCCAGGAGAACCAGGAGGCCGUGGGCGGCUUUUUCUCCCAGAUCGGCGAGCUCUACGUGGUGCAUCACCUCUGGGCCUACCGGGACCUGCAGUCGCGCGAGGAGACGAGGAACGCGGCGUGGCGCAAGAGCGGCUGGGACGAGAACGUCUACUACACGGUGCCGCUGAUCCGCAGCAUGGAGUCGCGCAUCAUGAUCCCCCUGCCCAUCUCGCCGCUGCAGUGAGCCCGGACCCCCCGGGUCACCUCUGGCCCCCCCGGGCCCCCCCGCGGGGCCGGGAGCUGGGGCCACCCGUGGGUGCUCUCCCGGCUGCGGGCGUCCCCAGCACCAACCACAGCCCCCGGAGGUGACGGUGGUGGCAGGAGGGGACCGUGGUGGCCGGGCGCCGCUGGGAGCCCCGAGUUCGUUGGAGGACGCUGUUAACGACGGGCUGCACCCAUUAAACGUUCAACGUGCC